AUGGAGAACGCCGUGCUGAACCUCCAGAGUUUAUACGAGAAGAUGCGGUCGCAAGUUGAACUUCUCAACGAGGGUGUGGAACCAAGUUUCAUUCGCAUGGCUCAAAACUUUGAAGACUGCCGGCGCAAGUGGCUGAUGGCGGAAGGAAAUCUGGAAUCCUGCAAGGAGAUUCUCACCAAAACUGAGACAGAGAGAAGUUCCUUGGAGGUCAAACUGAAGCAUGCCCGCAAUCAAGUGGAUAUAGAGAUUCGGCGCAGGCAGAAAGCAGAAGCUGACUGUGAAAAUCUGGACCGUCAGAUCCAGUUAAUAAGGGAUCUUCUAAUUAGCGAGGGCUCUUCAAACAGCAUCCAGCUUAGUGCAGAGCAGCGCUCUGCUCUGGCCUUCCUCAACACAAACAGCCAGGGAGCGGCCACUCUGAAUACAAGCCGAAGACUGACCACCAUAGACGAGUCUGGUUCCAUCUUGUCAGAUAUCAGCUAUGACAAAACCGAUGACUCCCUUGAUUGGGACUCGACCACUGUGAGGCCAGUCCGACUCAGGAGGCGACAAAAGCGGCGCUCAUCUAGACAUCAUGUGGACGGCCCUUCUAAAAGAACUCGACCAACAGGCAUGAUACAGGAGCGGACCAAUGAGAGCCUCGUGACCACCACCACCGUGACUGUUCCAGCCGAUGGCGGACCCGUUGAGGCAGUUUCUACCAUUGAGACGAUUCCAUAUUGGACCCGUAGCAAGAGAAGAACUGCUGCUAUGGAGUGGGACUCCGAAUCUGUCACGUCUGAGGAUGUUUUCAAACAGCCCGUCGACCCGGUGGCCGAGAAAAAAAAUGAGCCAUGCACGCCGCAGAAAACCAAAGGUGUUCGUCAGCAUGAGUUUGUCUCCAAAACGGUCAUAAAACCAGAGUCCUGCGUGCCUUGUGGGAAGAGAAUCAAGUUUGGCAAGGUAGCACUGAGGUGCUGUGACUGCCGAGUGGUUUCUCACCCAGAGUGUCGGGACCGAUGCCCUCUGCCAUGCAUACCCAACCUUGGAAGUACACCUGUGAAAAUUGGGGAGGGUGUGCUUGCAGACUACGUCCCAGACGUUUCACCAAAAAUUCCCCUUCUUGUUGUCCACUGCAUCGGUGAAAUUGAACAACGAGGAAUGAACGAGGCUGGACUGUACCGACUGUCUGGUGCUGAACGCACAGUAAAGGAGCUGAAGGAGAAGUUUCUCCGUGGAAAAACUGUUCCUGUGUUGAGCAAAGUGGAAGACAUUCACGCCAUCACUGGCCUUCUCAAGCAGUUCCUGCGCAACCUGAAGGAACCUCUGCUCACCUUCCACCUGAAUCGUCAAUUCAUGGAAGCAGCCGAGGCUUCAGAUGAUGACAACAGCAUCGCCUUAAUGUACCAAACUGUGGGUCUGCUGCCACAUGCUAACAGAGAUACUCUGGCCUUCCUGAUCCUGCAUCUUCAGAGAGUGGCUAAGAGUUUGGACACAAAGAUGGACGUCAGUAACCUGGCUCGGGUCUUUGGUCCCACAAUUGUGGGUCAUGCCGUUCCUACCCCAGACCCCAUGACCAUUCUACAGGAUACAAAACGGCAACCAAAGGUCGUGGAGCGUCUACUGGAACUGCCAGCGAGUUACUGGGCCCAGUACGUGAAGUCCGAAAAUGAGAUUCCGCGCUCGGAUCACCUGAUUUUCCAGAACUCAAACUGCUACACUCCUGAAAGAGGUGAGUGUCAGAAAAUGACUUUGCUCGGCCCCCUGACGACUCCGGAGCAGCAAUUGAAUAAAACCCCGUCCUCCAGCUCACUGUCGCAGCGCUUCAAGUCCUCGCUGACACCCAGAUUCGGGAGCAAGAGCAAGUCGGCAGCUGCACUUCCUCAAGGGAAGUUCUUUCAGUCUCCACUCCUGAAAUAA